UGAUAGAGACAGACGAGCUGCUGGUGGUCAUGAGCUGCUUGUGGAUGGGGAACGUAAGUGCGCUGUGUGUGAAGGAUACUUCAGCCCUACAUGGAUGAAAAAUUUGUCUCCCGUGCUUUUGCCACCAUGGGAGAGCUGGUGGUCAGUGUAAGAAUUAUUCGCAACAGAAUAAAUUUGGGUGCUGCUGGUUAUUGCUUUGUGGAGCUGGCAGAUGAAGCUACAGCAGAGAGAUGCCUCAGAAAAGUCAAUGGGAAACUUGUCCCAGGAGCUGCACCGCCCAAAAGAUUCAAGCUAAAUAGAGCAGCUUAUGGGAGGCAAGGAGACAACAGAAACAAAAGUGGGCACUUUGACAACAGGUACUUUCCACCUAACUCAUCUGAUAUGAACCAGUACUAUCAGCAGUACUGUAACCCUAACUACUACUCACACUGGGGAUAUGACCAGAGUACAAGUGGCUAUGGUGGAUACAGCUACAGUUCAUAUAACUAUCAGGCUUAUGGAAACACAAAUGAAGAUGGUAGACUUGAAGAACCCACUGUGGACCUGGAUGUGGUGGCAGUGAACAGACAGUUCAUGGAGGACAGUGAGGAACUCUAUGAUGCCCUCAUAGAAUGUCAUUGGCCUGCUUUGGAUGUGCCUGACUCUCCUGAAUGGAAUGGUAUUCCUCUGAUGUGAGUGAGGACUAAUUUGUGAAAACACUUCAGGAGACUCAUGUCAUAGUGGGAGAAUGAAGAUGUUUUAUGCCACGUUCUCCUGAGCCCUCAUAGAUUGCAGACUGGAAGUGAGUUUGAACAGUCUGAAACAUGAGGAGUCUGUUUGUGGAGUUCAUCAGUGUCUGUGACCCACAAAAAAAUUUCUGUUUAUAAGCAGAGAAGCUGUGCAAACUCUCCUGACUCAGGUAUUUUGGCUAAUUGAAGUUAUCUGCAGUGAUUUGGAGUGAUUUUUUCUGAAAGACUUUGUGUUCAUUUGCUGUGCAGUGUUUUAGUUAAGUCAUAAUGAGACUCCUCUAAAUUUCAGUAUGGUGUUUGGUCCUUUAAUGGUUCCUGAAACCUCUGUUUAAUACAUCCAGUGGAAAGUUUCACUCAUGCCAAGCAAGUUUUUUACAUUGGACCCCUUUUACUCUCACUUUAUUGUAUUCAUUGAUAAAGAAUGUGUGUUGAGUUCUUCUACAAUUCAGACUCAAAACUGCACUUGAGUCAGUCAGUUUAUGAAGCAGGAAGUCAGAAGGCUGUUCUCUUAAUAUUGUAAGACAUAUGUUCACUACUAGUUGCUAUCAUGUUUAAAGCCUUAACAUGAUGUCCUAAGGUUGUCUGUCUGUCUUGUUCUAGUUCAUUUUCUUUAGUACUAGUUCUUCUCUAUUAUCUUCCACUGUUGCUUUCACUAGCAGUAAAUUAUUGCUAGAGGUCAUUUUGUGCAAAGCUUAGAUUCUUCAGGAAAAGCAGGAAAAAUAUCAAUGACAUAGCAGUUUUGAGAAGAGCCUACAUAAAGUCAUGAAAGUGUUUACAGUGCAGUAGUGAUCUUCACUGCCCAUGUUUGUUAUCAUUGCUGAAUAUUUGUUAGGUCAUGUGUCAAAACUAUGCAAAGUUGACGGUUGUGGCACAUAAGCCUUUGGAGUUUUGGAGAGUUUACCAGAGCACAGUAUGUAAAUUUUGAAGUGCCACUAUUUGUAUUAAAAUAGUACUCUAGCAACAGCAAAAGUUGUCUGCAUGAUUGUUGUGAACUACAUAAAAGCUACAAACUACUACUUUUUUGUAUAUGUAAGACAUAUUGAAGAGCACUAAUUACAGAAAAAUGUAAAUGACAAAAUGAAUAUAUCUCUGUUCAUCUACAUCAAUGGUAGGCCAUUUGAAGAUCACAGACUUGUAAAACAAAGACUCAAAACUUUUCACAGUUUGAUUUAAUGUUUGGAAACAAACAAGUGUUUGUGUUAUCUGAGCUUAAUUUGUUACCUUAGGCAUAAAAACUCAUGCAGUUUGUUCACAGCAGAUUUAUUUACCUUUGAGCAGUGUGGACAAGCUGCAUUUUAAUUGUUGUGAAAUGUGCCAUAAAAAUAAAGGUAAAAUGAUGAUGCCAGUGACUAAAGAAUGAGGAUAUUAUGUGUAAAUUUUAGGCUUAGUUAGCUUAUAUGUAGAUUGUCUAGUGGUAGGUUCAGUUUUGACCCGUGUUACCUGGUUAUCUGACAUCCUGAUUUCAGUUGGGCAACUUUAAAACAGAAAUUAUAUUUGUUCAUUUGAUACUUAUUUAUUGCUGCUUAGUGGAAAUUUGAACAGAAAUAAGAACAUUUCUUGUACAUACUAUAAUGUAAUAGCUUCACUGUAAAUCAAUACCCAGGUUCAUGACUCAAGUACACGGCUGUAACCUAAUAAAAAAUUUCACUUUGGCCUUCUGACAGAGUUAUAAAACCUGAUAUGAAUCUAUUCUAGUUAGUCAACAUGAUCACAUUGUUUUACACUGAGCAUAUGUUAUUUAGACUGCACUGAAAGUUUUUUGACCUCUAGUUUACUGCCCAGUCCUUUUAAUGCACUGUGUGUGCGAUUAAGCUAAUGAUUUUCUUUUGAGAGAUUGAUUGCUCUUGCCAGAUCAACAAAAAUACUCUUCUGAAAAAAACACAUACAGUAUUUAAGCUA